AUGUUAAAACGAAAAAGGCAAAGCACCUAUUCCAGGACUAUGGCCAGAGCUAUUAUCUCCUCUAUACUUGAAGCACAGCUGGGCAAGUACGUUGACGGAUUACGUAGCGACUCGCUGGUUGUCGGUCUAUGGAGUGGUGAGCUAGAACUGCGUGACCUUAAACUCAAACCGCAUGCAUUGGCUGAGUUGCAACUACCUGUAACCAUUGCUUACGGCUCUGUGUCCCGUGUACUGGUGCGUGUGCCGUGGAAUCAACUGGGUAGCGCUAGUGUAGUUAUCUCUUUGGAGGGUGUGUCGGCCCUUGUUGUGCCUAAUACCGAGCGACCUAGUCCAGCAGAGCUAUUGCAAGCUAAGCACAAUCAGUUGGAUAGGCGUGAAUUGUUACGUCAGCAUCGUCGUUUUGCUUCACGUGUAGCGUCUGAUGAGAAAAAAGAAAAGCAACAGACGACGAAGUACGAGGAGGACGAAGGCACGUUUAUAUCAAGAUUAACGGCUCGUAUUGUAGCCAAUUUACAAGUGAAGCUAUUUGAUGUGCAUUUGCGAUAUGAAGACGUGAUAGCAAACCCUGAGACGCCGUUUGCAUGUGGGUUAAUUCUUAAACAAUUUGGGUUUUAUACGACAGAUCAAGAAGGUAAAGAGGCGUUUGUGGAUCACACCAUUGUCCAUAAAGGAUUUACUUACAAAAAUGCAACAUUUACUCGUUUGGGGGUCUACUGGGAUCGAUUAUCCACUAAAAAUGCACGUCUUGAGACUAAAGAUAAUGUACAGAAGGCGUUAAGAGAUAUGUUGAAGCCAGAGGAACUCGAUCGACGACAAUGGGUUCUGCAGCCAUGUUCAGUUGCUGUGCAUUUAACAAAGAAUGAGAGUACAGAUUAUUCGACUGUAGCUAAAUACACGAUAGAGGCUCAAAUCAGUGCGUUGCAAGGCCAUUUAACUCGUGAGCAAUAUCAAGAUGGAGUAUUUGUGCGACAUGCAUUUAUCGGCCGAAAAGCAGUCGAAGCACAUUUUAUAUUGGCAAGAGGACGACCACUUCAUCCUCCUGGAGCACGUCCUCGCGAGUGGUGGGACUAUGCGACUCGUCUCGUACUUGAGCGAUUGCACCGAAACGCAAAGAAUGAAGUGAUUGAAAAGAAAAAAAUAGUUCGAACUUUGCAUCACCGUAAAAUGCGCUGGUCUUCUAUCCAUCAAGCCAUGUUAGAACGACAACUGUACAUCGAAGCUUUUCGUACGGAAAUACGUCAUGGAGCAGCCUUAGAUCGGUCGACUCGAGAAGGAAAAUUAAAGCAUCGAUACGAAGAGAUUUACCCUAUAGACGUGAUUAUACUGUUACGAGAUAUUGCUCAAGACGCAGAAGAACGACGAGCAGCAACAAUCCAAGCCUCAUGUGUUCAAACUGAGCAAAAAGGAGGGUCGUGGUACUCGUACUUCUUUGGUGAAACAGAAAGUCAAGCAAGUGAAGAAGACAACAUACUAUCUGCUGAAGGUCGCGACAAUCUACGGGAAGCGUAUAAUGAUGCAGUUGAGAAAUCCAAUAGUGCCCAUGAAGUACCAACAGGAUGUAAUCUUCUGUCGAUUCGAUUCACAUUAAAUGAGGGUACGUUGGCGUUGUAUCAGUCCAGCACACAACAGACUCCGUUUGUCACUGGUAUAGUUCAUGGAUUCUUGGCAAUGAAUAUUCAACCAGAAAGCGAAUGGGACGCACAUAUAUGUGUGCAGAAUUUCAAAAUCUUAAACGGUUUAGCGUGCGAUACACGCUUUCAAUCCUUUUGCAGCCCUUCAACGCUUAGUGUCGACCCAAAUGAGGCCUGUGUAAGCAUUGACGUAAGUCGGCGAAAGCUACUUUAUACGACGCAAACACAGGACAUGGACGCCGAAGCAAUCGUGAAACUGCGUGUAAGCUCGCUGCCAUUUCGAGUGCUCAUUGAUCCAACCUUUGUCUUCUUCUUGCGGGCGUUUUUUUCAAGUUUACUACCUGACAAAGAAUUAGAAAAGGUGUGGCACUUUGCAACUUCGUCUGUCGCUGAGUGGAUGUUUGCGAAUGACACGAGAUAUACCGACGCGGUCGCAGAGAAAGAGGCGCAAGAAGCCGAACUUAUACAUUCGCUUGAACAAGCACAUGACCGGCUUUUGUACGAUGUUGUCGUGGACUUGGAAGCUCCAGUUUUGAUUUUGCCGGAAUGUGUGGGUGACAUGACGGGGGCAGUCGUAGUGAUAAAUUUAGGCAAACUAAGUGUUCGCAACGAAGACAAAGCGGUGUUGCUUGAUUCGCAGUUCGAUACGAUACAGACAAAGGACGACCGUUUAUAUUGGCGGGUUGAAGUGACUCAAGUAUUUGUUUCGCUUGGACGUCAAGAGCAAUUGGUCUACUGGACGGAUCAAGAGCUUAACGCAUUUCGGAAAAUUGUUCAGGAUCUGUCCAUCCAGUUGUUGUUGGAUACACGGUCCUCAUCUUCCCCACGGCUUAAUUUUCAUUCAAGAAUGAAUAAUCAUAGAGUUGAUGUACGACCCCAUGUGGGCAUAUAUGCCGAAAUUCCUAUGAUAGUCGUUUCGUUGGCUGAAGAGCAACUUGUGGCGUUGAGUCGAAUCUAUUCUUCACUUGUCACACAAAGUGCCAAGCAAAAGUCUAUCGCAUCUGUCAUUCACCAGCAUGACGAAGAGAUUAGCGGCGAGACUAUAACUGAGUCAAGGACUUUUAAUGACGACAGUAUAACGGCAACACUCGAAGUCGAGAAGUUUGUUUUUGAGUUGAAAUUGUCGCUUGGAUGCGUCGAGCUGGACUUGUAUGAGUCUUUUGACAAAGAGGCUUUUCUUUUACGAGCCUCUAACUCUUUGUUUGCUUUUGAAAUGUAUUCUACACAUCAAAAAAUUCAUGCACGUCUUGAAGCAUUGGUGAUGGAAGAUCGACUUUAUUUGCCUGAUUCUAGCUUUUUCCAGCUAAUUUCAACUGGACGAACGGGUAGUAAGACGCCGCAUUUAAUUGUUGUAAAUAUUGUAACAUAUUCGCGGGACACGACUGUCAAACGUACGGUGUCACAGCUCGAUGCGGAUGUACAUUUUAAUGUACUACACGUGCAAUGGAAUCCGUCAUCAAUGGCGCUACUCUACCGUCUUCUCUCAUCAACAGCAUCUGCAUUUGACAUUCCUGGAAACGUUGACACAGCUCAAGAUCUCACCUCUCCUUCCUUUCAAAAUCAAACACCCGACAGUAGAAUUGAUGCCGCUCCAAAGAAACGCGUUGCAAGUCUGUCUACGUUACGGAGUCGUGCUCAUCCUAUUGUGGUCGUUCGGGCUUCGCUCGUACAAUUCAGCGUCACACUCAAUAAAGAUCAACAAGACCGGCAAUUGACACGUCUUGAGAUGACUAACUCUGCAAUUAAGUACAUACAAUAUGAGGCCAAAACAGGACACGACGCGUAUGAGGUGACAGGAUAUGUCGGUAAUUUUAUAGGUACAGAUCUAAGUACAUCGAAACAUCCUCUGUACGCUACACUUAUUGGGCUUGAUGAAGACGAAGCUCGUCGUUUUCACUCUCCAAGAGAAUUCAAGGCGCUCGCAAGUUUUGAGUAUGUCAGUGACUCGAUCGUGAGUGAUAAGAAUCGAUUGUGUCUGUCGUUUCUACCCAUUCGCGGUGUAUACUAUCAUCAACAGAUCUUAGAGCUCGUCGACUUUAUACUUGAAGGAAUUCUUGGCGCGAUCGUCAGUCAAACACUAAGGAACGCGACGCAGCUCUUACUCCGUGAAGAUGAGGCUAGCACUGUGUUACACCUAAAUGUAGAAAAACCAACGUUGAUUCUACCUUUAAGUUUACAAGAUGCGCCUCAUGCGAAGAUUACAGCAGACAAGCUCCGAUUAGAACAUCAUCCUUCAAGUACCGUGCAUUACGAUGGACCUCCAGGGGCUAGGUCGAAACGUGUUUUACAUGACCAAGUGCCUCCAUAUGCCAUAAUUCGGUCUCAAGACAGCGUUUCGUUGCGCGUUGACUGCAAAGAUCUUUAUCUUGAACAGGUUCGGAUAUAUUGCACGAGUCAAAAGCAAACGAGUUCCAACCAAGGAUUGACGUAUGAAGAUCUUAUCCCACAGCCUACGAAUUUGAAGAUUAGUAUCGAAGAUCUUGUGUCGUCUGUCAUCUCGUUAGAUCAAUCAACAAAUGAUCUUCUUCCGCGAUUUACCGUCCAUUCAGUGUUGCCAUCAUUAGAAGUGCAGAUUUCACGCACAAGUUAUUUAGGGAUAGUGGCGCUUAUCCUGAAAAAUUUUGGUGCGGACGAGCUACAAAACUCGCUGCCAUCAUCUUGCGAGAGCGGACGUACAUCGGACAAAGUUGCAUCACAUCGUCCCAUAGUGACGUAUACAUAUCUCCGACCAGACUCGGAUCAAGCGACACUCAAAGUGUGCUUUCUGAUAGAAAAUAUUCGGAUCUUGCUAUUUCAAGAUGAAAUGUCGUCUGUGCCGUCCGCGUCUUGCAGUGAUGGACAUACUUUCCAAUCACACGCGUUCGCGGACGUCAUUGCGACAAAUUUUUCUACAGUGUUUGAUGACGAGUAUGAUAAGACUCCCUGCUUAUCGAUUAAUCUUAGCGCCUUUAGUGCACGAGACCUGAUGGGAAACUACAGUGACGGUGGACACUGUCGUACUUUAAUGGCGUCUUCUGAGCCACUUGAAAUGCAAUAUACUUGGAAUCAUGCGGCAUCAACUGGAGAAUUGGACUUAACCCUGUUAAAAGUCACGGGUUCAGUCUGCUUGGAACCUCUGCUUAGAAUUUCGGACUUUUUUUCUCUACCGACAAGUUCAAAUCAGUUUGAGACCGAAGACGAGAAUGAAUCAAAUAAAUUGUUGCCUUACGCAGCUCAAAGUAUUCAGCCGUCUUCAUCAACACGAAAGGAAAGCAUUUCCGAUAUUUUAAGAGAGAGCAAGGACACCGAUUUGACAAUGACAAUCCGUGUAAAGGCGAAACAAGUUAGCGUGGCCCUCCCACGAAAUGCAUACGACUCUCAAAGUCCACGCGUAGUGUUUACGGGCGAUUUUACACUCGAAUCUGUUCGGAGACCACAACCCAUUGAAAAGAUGAAUACGAGUGAUCUGGACAUUCAAAGCAGAGUUCAAUUUGAUGCACUAAAUAUGGAAAUUGUUCUAGAGAAUGCCAGGCGCCCAGGUUGUUGCGUCGCAUUGCCGUCAGGGAAUGGCAAAUAUGAUGCUAUCGAUGUGGCGCCGCUAAUCCAACUCCUAGAGCCAAGUUCCUUGCAUGUGGAAGUAAUACAAUUGUUUCCCCAUGAAGGACAACGGCAGCAGAUUAUGUCGCUUAAAUUCACUCCAAUUCAAGUUUACGUUUCGUAUGAAGACGCGUGUAUGGGUGUAGAGACGAUUGACACAUUAAGUAAAUCGUUUGAGCAACACAAACAACGAAUUGCAGACCUAAGGCGGUUGUCAUGUGAUGAAAGUUCCAUUUAUCAUUCGUUGACAAAAUCGCACACGUCGUCCAAGGAGUUUACGACUCAAAACUUGAGAGAGACAGAAAUUCAUCGAUAUAUAACAUGCGAGUUACCUUCCGUGAGUCUGACAUUGAUAAACGACUGCGACGGGUGUGAUAUGGGCCUUGUACAGUUUCAGAUUGAGCAGUGCCAUGUAUUUCUGAACGUUACGUACGCGAUUAGUCGAAAAGAGACGACAAAAAGUAAGUCUGCUGGCUUAAUCGCCCCUGACGCGUUUGCCAUUACAACUACAUUAUCUGGAGGCGGAAACCUUCUCGUUCUCAUGUCGUACUAUAAUCCAGAAACUCGUGAUUGGCAUCCCAUGUGUACAGAAUGGGCCCUUGCAGCAUCAGUUCAAGGCUUAGUCGCAAGCGAUAACGAGCUGCACGUCAUUCUUACUGCAUCACAAGCUCUCGAUCUCACGAUCACACAUGGAUUGCUGGAAAUGAUGGCGUCGGUUGGAGGCGCAUGGAAGCGUCAAGCAGAAUUGUGUGAACACGCUCACGAGAGCAAAGACUGCGAUUUUGAGCAGCGUAAAUCAGCGCCGUGUGUAAUCCGUAACGAGACGGGAUUGUCUUUAAGUUUUUGGCUCACGAACGAGACAUUUACGACCGAACCGCAUGUCGUAGAUACUGGAAAUUUGGCAGAUGUCCGGUAUCUCCAUGCUCCAGGUCGAGGCCGCGGUGUGGUGCGACGUUAUGCGUCAGGAGAACGAGAAGCAGCAAAUUUACGACUGUGUAUACAAUUAAUGGACUCGAAAAACGGGGUAGCGCGUUUCCAGGCGAUUAGAGGUCUUGUCUUUGAGGAAUUGAAUACUCGGACGUUUCCUCUUGUGGACAUACAAGGACAACGAACGAGUUUUAUGCUGAGUUUAUCAUCCCGACUAGUUGAAGGACGAAUCUUACUUGUCGUAUCGUCACCUAUUAAAUUAGUAAGUCGACUGACGGUUGGCCAUGCUGUGGCACUUCUUGUGAAUGAUCCGACGUGGCAUUCGCCCGUCAAAAUCGGGAUGCUGCGGUCAAAUCAAGAGUCGGCUGUCCCCGUGCUUUUGUCUUUGGCGUCGGAACUACGUGUGCGGCCUGUCGAAAAUGGUGUCACAUACGCAUGGAGCGCUCCAAUUCCAGUGCAGACGCGUUCGGCUGCUGAGUUAAAAGUUGAAGCAGCCGUCUUACAUGGAUCACCUAGCUGCCACCGAACAGCCGUUUAUUGCGUAUUGAUGUCGAGUAGGAAGGACGUUCGCACCGUGUCAUUUGCUGAGCCAUUAGUACUCGUAAACAAACUUCCGGUUAUGGUAUCGUUUCGUGUCCAGUCCGCUUACAGCUCUGCGUACGCGACAAAUGAAAGCCUGACCGAGUUUCAAGCAAUCGCUGUCGGUGCAACAACCAGCAUCUGGUGGACGGACGUAGCACAGCGUCCACUAUUUCAACUAGAAGUUAAAGGUUGUACGACACCUUCCAAAUGGCUCGAGCUUGCCCCUCGAGGGACUGUAAAUGGCGCCGUCAAAUCAGUCCAGCUUGAACGAGUGGACGACGGACGUCCAUUCCAGCUUCUCGUUCGUGUUGUAGGAGGGACUGAGUCUCCAGCUCGUCCCGUACGUGUGGAGCUACUAGCAAAUGUCUGGAUGAUAAAUCGUUCCGGCCUGGAGCUCGUCUAUGGUACUACGGCAGAUAAUGAAGCAUAUUUACCACCUUAUGCAGCACGUGCGCAAGUGGGCAAUGCGCAAAUCAGUGCUUAUUCGAGUGACGGUAACGACAAAGUGCCAGUGCUUCGCAUUGGAUUGCGGGGCUGCAAUUGGUCAGCUCGCUUUGAAGCCGACCCAAAGCGAUUAAGCUGGCAGGAUGAAUGCUUAACGCUUCGGUCAGCAGGAAACAAUGCGUCUUCUCGUGGUGUCUUGUAUGAACUGGGCGUGUCAGCAGAUUAUGCCACGCGGCAUUUCGGCUCUGUCACGACACUUGUGAGCGUUAUUCCCCGAUACCUGAUUAUAAAUCGCUCAUCGCAUACUGUGUUGCUUCUUGAGGCGCCGACACGUCGGUCGCAACGUCUUGACGAUUCCAGAAAUGAAAAUAUAGCUCAUCACGUACUGGGGUCUGGAGACUGGUAUGCGUUAUAUUGGGUAGGAGGAAUACGAGCCCCAUUGCGUGCUUCCGUCCUACCCAUCGACAGCGCUUUAGCAUCCUUUUGUGCUGAUGGCUACGACUGGAGUUCCGCCUUUUUUGUUGAUCAAGUGGGUAUCACAAAUAUAGUUGUGCCACCACGUUCGAGCGGACGUGGUGUAGACUUGGAAAUCACAGUGAAGCGAGGCAGUUUCUCUCAAGCAACAUUUGUUGUGGAGAUAGCUGACACAGAUCCAAAUUUAGCGCUGUCAAACGUAGCCUCGGCAAAUGCAAUUGCCCGCACAAGAAGUUGGCAAACAUUAACUCUUCAUGCUCAAGUCGUAGGUAUCAUUCUCUCUGUCACGGACAAAAAACCGGGUGUAAAGGGUGGAUUAGAAAUGGAGCCGAUCGCGAGAACAACGUUUACGCGAAUUAACUUGGAGUUGACGUGGUCGCCACGAGCCACGGCUGCAAAGUUGAACCUGAUGGGACUCAAAGUGGAAGAUCUUUUGCCGCAAUCGAAGAACCGAGUCGUGUUGAGACCACUCCGCCAAGACGAGAGUACAGAUAAAUCAUUUCUCGAACUGACGUAUCUCGAGCGACCACACGGCAAAUACACGUGGGUAGAGCGUGUUCAUUUAGAGCUACAGGAUGCCAAAAUUUCAACUUCCAUGAGCUUUGUCGAUCGUCUUCAAAAGUUGCAACAGAGAACAAGUGCACACUUCCAGCAAAAGUCACUUGUCGCUGCUUUUCCGAGUGAGCAGGACGCAUACAUAGAGAGUGAAGAAGAAGAAUUGCUUGCAUAUUUCGUACAUUUUAACGAUGAAGGACAAAGUGCCGAUUUGGCAGCAAUGACGGGUAGAAAAUUGUACAUUGCGUCAGGCGAGAUCUCGCCCGUGCGUGUAACUGUCAGCUUUACACGCGAUAAGCGUGACUCGAGUCAGCACCAAGGUUUUUGGAUGUCAAAUAUCAAGCUGAAAAUUGAAAAUGCAUGUGUGACGCUCGAGGGAUAUCGACUGUCUCGCGCUCUAGCGACACAAGAGUCACUGUGUGCGGCGAUUGUGCGAUUCUACGAGCAGUCGGUCAAGUCCCAAGCGCUCAAUCUCAUCGAUUCAAUUCAGGUGACAUCGCUUGUGUCGAGUAUGGUCACAGGUGGUGUUACAUCACUCGUAUCGACAUUGCGAGGCAAAGUAGACCCGGCUGCCGCUGCCGGUGCCUUAUCCCCAGGUUUGCUUACGUCUAGUGUGGACACCGACACGUCAUUGGGCGCACCGUUUCGGUAUGAGCAUCUGUCAAACGGUGAUAUUGUACGUAAACACUCACGAGCUUUGGAAGUCUGCAGCAAUAAUGCCGAAUUUUUGCGGCAAGUGCGCCAUUUGGUUUACGACUGGGAUGCCAAUCACACAGGCUUAGGGGCGCGUGGUUGUGUUGCUCUGGCACUGGUCAACAACUCGCGCCACUCAUUCGUAGUAAAUACACAACUCAACGACGGCGCGUCACUACAUAUGAUCCCGCUUGGACGACGACACUUGGCUGGCGUCUUGGAUACUUUGACCAUCGAUAGUGGCACUGUAGCAGUUAACGGCACCAAUACGUGGCGAGCUGAUCGUGCUCUUGUUGUGUUUGCUUACGGCUACACGCCAACACUGCUUUCGUCAGGUGAUGUUUACUUUACUGUCCAAUCGAACGCUUGUAAUGUGUAUGCGACGCGCAAGACUGCUCGCCUGAAGGCUAAUCGUGGGUACACGGCCACGUUUACGCUGCAAGAGGUGCAAAGCUGGUGGGCAGUGAACGUCGUGAUUAUUGGUGAUGAUUUGCAGGCUAAUAACAGCACGACAUCCGACUCAGACACAAGAGUUGAAGGUGUCCUAACAGCCACUGCCAAAAAUGAUUUAGACGAUGAAAAAGAGUAUGAAGUGAAGUUUACAAGUGCGUCAUUGGGGCUUAUAGCUAAACAAAGUGGACGAAUGGUGAUUGUGCGUGAGUGCGUACCAUCGAGCGCGGCCGAAGUUUCAGGACGGAUUACGGCUGGCGACUGCAUUGUGUCCGUUAACGGCAUUAAUGUGGCUAAUACGUCGCAAUUUAGAUAUCUUGUUUCUCGAACGCCCCGUCCGAUUGUGCUGCGAUUUCGGUCGACUGGACGCCAAUCAAACGCGGCGUACGAUCUCUUUGGUGAAGCCAAAGAGAAUGAAGCUAAGCUGUUUGGUUAA